AAUGUUGGCAACCAUGAUAACAACCUAAAUCCGAAACGUAUGUUUACUAACCUCACAUGGUUUUGCGGUUAAAAACAUAACCUCUUUAUCGCAACAGUGAAAAUGAGCGCUAAAAGUAGUCCUCUACUUUUUACAAUCUUAUCAGAAUGUAAAACGACUAAGGCGAGAGUAUCAAAAAUGGAGUUGCCCCAUGGCCCAGUCGACACACCAGUUUUUAUGCCUGUUGGCACUCAAGGUACACUGAAAGGCAUUCUACCAGAACAGCUAGAGAAAUUGAAUUUACAAAUAAUGCUAGCAAAUACUUAUCAUUUAGGAACUAAACCUGGUGUAGAAAUACUAAAAAAAGCAGGGGGCUUGCAUAAAUUCAUGAAUUGGAAUAAGAAUUUGCUGACCGAUUCAGGAGGGUUUCAGAUGGUGUCUCUCUUGAAACUAGCUGAAAUCACAGAAGAAGGAGUGAAAUUUCAGUCGUUAAAUGAGCAAAAAGCGGAAGUCAUGUUGACUCCAGAACAUUCCAUUGAAAUUCAAAAUGUCAUUGGUGCCGAUAUAAUAAUGCAAUUAGACGAUGUUGUUAAAACCACAGUUCCAGAUAAAGAACGAAUAGGCGUAUCUGUGAAGCGAACAACAAGAUGGUUAGAUCGUUGUUUGAAAGUUCACAACAGAGAAACUGAUCAAAGUCUAUUUCCAAUAGUUCAAGGUACAUUAUACCCUGAUUUACGAGAAGAAAGCGCAAAAGACCUGAUUCAAAGGAAUGUUAAUGGAUAUGCUAUAGGAGGAUUGAGUGGUGGUGAAAGCAAAGAUGACUUCUGGAAAAUGGUUCAUUUAUCCACUAACUUAUUACCCAAGGACAAGCCUCGAUAUUUAAUGGGUGUAGGAUUUGCCACUGACUUGGUUGUUUGUUGUGCACUUGGUGUAGAUAUGUUCGAUUGUGUUUUUCCUACAAGAACUGCAAGAUUCGGUUGUGCUCUUGUGAUGAAUGGUCAAAUAAAUUUACGUGCUAGUAAAUAUAAAAAGGACUUUUCGCCAAUUGAUCCUGAUUGUGAAUGUGAUACUUGUAAAAGGUAUACUAGGGCUUAUUUGAAUUGUAUAGUUACUCAUCUACCAGUUGCUUGUCAUUUAGUUACCAUACAUAACAUUUACUUUCAAUUGAGAUUGAUGAAAAAUAUACGAGAUAGUAUAAGUAAUGGGACUUUCCCAGUCUUUGUAGCUGAUUUUAUGUUGAAAAAUUACCCUGAUAAAGAUUAUCCCAAAUGGAUAAGAGAAUCAUUGGAAGCUGUAAAUAUCACUCUCCAUUGAUCUAUUUAUUUUUAACUAUUUGAUAAUAGAAUCAAUAGUCAUUGUUUUAAUCACUUAACUCUCAAGUUAUGGCACUUAACACUAGUUAAUGAGAUUGGUUGAAGUAUAUUUUCUAGUCCCUUUCUUAUAUUCAUAAAGCAAAAACUUAUUCUUAAAUCAAUUGUAUGUAGGUACUUCCUGAAAUUCUAGAAUAUCUUUUUCCUUAAUUUUUCAAAUUUAAUUUAUACUAGUUUAAUAAGCCAAAGCUUCCUACUUUUAGUUAAUCUUGUUUUAUUAUACAAAUUUUUACACGUUGAUAAUAUUAAGAAUUGACAUUCCUCUUCCAGUGAUUAAUAUAGUAUCACUAUAUUAUAAGAAUUUUGUUUUAUAUAACAAAAAUUAAACAGUUUAAUUCAG